CUUUGUAUGUCCUCCCCGUUUUGGAUUAUUUUAAGCACGAUAUACUUUGCCUUGUUAAAGGCAGUUAAAAGCUUUUCUUCGUGACUUUUAAUUGCGAAAUGGAAAGUCUGUAAGUAUCUGCUCAGAUUUCUUGAUCAAAUUAAGAUGUGUCAAGGCCUGGCCACGGAGCCCGAGCUUCACAGCCACCACCAUCAUGGUUUCGAAGUUGUAAACAUGGAUUUGAAUGGGGGUGGAUUAGAUAACAAUCACGACAAAAGCUAUCAAAUGGAUCACGAAGAAGUGGAGGAUUUGUUUAAGAAGCUCGACAAGAACAAUGAUGGAAGGAUUGACCUAAAUGAACUUGCGGAAGGACUGAAAAAUCUGCAUGGUUCAAGAUACAAGGCCGGCCAAGCUCAGCAAAUUAUGAACCUUGGCGAUCAGAACCUUGAUGGGCAGAUGUCAUUUGAAGAGUUCGUCAAAUAUGUGACUGACCAUCAGAAAAAAUUGUGGAUAGUUUUCCAGUCUAUUGAUCAAGAUGGCAGUGGAUGUGUGGAUAAAACAGAACUUAAGAAAGCUUUUGAGGCCGUGGAUGUUAAGGUAACAGACCAGGAAGUGGAUUUGUUAUUGAAAAGCAUGGACAAGGACAAAACCCUUAAAGUUAACUGGAAAGAAUGGAGAGAAUAUCACCUGUUGAAUCCCAGCGGCCAUAGUAUGCAUGACAUCAUUCAGUUCUGGAGACAUUCUAAUGUUAUUGAUAUUGGGGAGGAUAUGACUGUUCCAGAUGAAUUCACUGAGGAGGAAAAAGUGUCAGGAAUGUGGUGGAGACAGCUGGUGGCAGGGGGAGGAGCAGGAGUUGUGUCAAGGACAUCGACUGCUCCUUUGGACAGAUUAAAAGUUUUAUUACAGGUACAAGCAUCAAGCCAAAAUAGAAUAGGAAUUUCUUCUGGUUUUUCCAUGAUGAUCAAGGAAGGUGGAAUCAAAUCACUUUGGAGAGGAAAUGGUGCUAAUGUGGUCAAAAUUGCACCAGAAUCAGCCAUAAAAUUCUUUGCUUAUGAAAGGGCAAAGAAGCUGUUGGGUGCAGAUGAAAAGCAGCUGGGGGUCAGAGAAAGACUUAUGGCAGGUUCAAUGGCUGGAGUAGCUUCACAGACAAGUAUAUACCCACUGGAGGUGUUGAAAACAAGACUGGCGCUUCGUAAGACAGGACAGUACAAGGGUCUUGUCGAUGCGGCAUAUGUCAUCUUUACUACUGAAGGAAUCAGGAGUUUUUAUCGAGGGCUGUUUCCGAGUCUUUUAGGAAUCAUUCCCUAUGCUGGAAUAGAUCUUGCUGUAUACGAGACGCUCAAAAACUUUUACCUCAACUACCACAAAAACCAGUCAGCCGACCCAGGGGUGUUUUUAUUGUUAGCGUGUGGUACAGCGUCCAGCACGUGUGGUCAGUUAGCUAGUUAUCCGUUGUCAUUAGUGAGGACCAAAUUACAAGCGCAAGCGCGCUCCCGCACUGCAGGCAGGGGAGAUACAAUGGUUUCAGUAAUUAAAAACAUUAUAAAAGAAGACGGACCACGUGGACUUUAUAGGGGACUGGCUCCUAACUUUAUGAAAGUUGCGCCUGCAGUCAGUAUAAGUUAUGUUGUGUACGAACACUUGAGAAUGAACCUUGGCGUUAGAUAGAAUACUCGAUGGUCUGAUUUGGGGCAAAUGUAUAUCGAAUGAGAGCAUAAUGUAAACGCGAUAUAAGAGUAAAAGAGAAGAAUACACGACAGAGAGAAAAAGCUUGAAAAUAUAGGCGGUUUUCCUGCCUGUGAUAGCAUAGGAAGUCUAGCAACAUUAAUAUGGACUAUUCGAUUUGAUAUAAUUGUACGAACUUUAAUUUUGUUUUUAUGAAUUCUCAUGUUUUAAGACAUUCCGUCAUGGACAGCAAUUUUAAAGCUGGAGUCAACAUUUUGUUGUGGUUAUUUUUUUCAAUUUUUGACGAGGAUAACCUAAGGGUAACCCGAGAAGGUUACGAAUGACUGUGACGUCUUUUUCUAACCCAAUCUGAGCGCUCUAAAAGCUAGGGGACUGGAUGACGUAUCACUGUCAUGUGGAGAGCGUAGGAAUGUCACUUGCUGAUUGGCUGAUAAUAUCGCAUAUAAAUUCAUCGCAUAUAAAUUUUCCAUGGGAGUAAAAUAU